AUGGUGGAAUGGUGCAUGAAGCCAGUGCACGAGAUGGUUAAAGAAAUCCUCCCUCACUGGAUCACAACCCCCGUUAGCUGCUCCGGCAACCUUGAUGUCGGGAUAAAGAUAAAAAAAUUUAAGAUACUUAACGAAGUAUUGCGUUCAAAUCUAAAAAUCAUGGGUAUUAGACGUUUAUUUCCAGUUCAAAGCGCCGUCAUCCCCUAUAUAUUGGAUUUCUAUGAGGGCCGACUUCAACCCUCAUUUGGUCAUCCGCGCGACAUUUGUAUUUCUGCACCCACAGGAAGUGGCAAAACCCUAACAUAUAUUCUUCCAAUCGUUCAUGUAAAUCCUUUCUCUUCAUUAUCUCUGAAGUUGCUAAGCGCUUGCAAGACUAGGGUCAUCCGAGCCGUUAUUAUCUUGCCAGUUCGCGAUUUGGCUAAGCAAGUGGCAGAAACGAUUCGAAGCCUUGUAGUUGGUACACCUAUCCGUGUUGUUCUUCUCACUGGUGAAGAAAGCUUUACUGCUGAACAGGACAAUGUCUUUGCGACGCACGACAGCAAAUGUGUCCCUCCGGAUAUUAUAGUUUGUACUCCUGGUCGUCUCGUCGACCACAUCUACAAUACGCAAGGUUUCUGCCUAGAACACGUCCGAUUUCUUGUCAUUGAUGAGGCCGACCGUGUUAUAGCUGAAGAAAAGCAAGACUGGUAUAACAUUUUCGAAAGUGCUGUUUAUGGUGCUACAAACGUAUCUGAAAGCAAUCGUGAGAAAAGUGUAUCAAGACGAUCGUUUCCCCUUCCGACAAUCGAGUCUCAUUGCUCAAUAUCGGCGUUCACGCUACAAAAGAUCCUGCUAUCAGCGACAUUGACUCAUGACCCUGAACCGUUAAAACGAUUCCGGUUGAAUUUUCCUCGUCUAUUCUUGGCGUCUACCUCUCAAAAAGAAACUCGUGAAGGUGAAAUAGAUUUGCGUCAAGACACCUGCAGGGAGUCUGAGGGUGCUAAAUGUGAGAGUUCUGGUAAGCUAGAGGAAACCCAAGAUUCUCCAAGGGGACUUCAGUAUCAGGCACCUGUUGUUAGUGGUGCUGGUGGUGUCGGUGUCUUCUCUACCCCUAGUGGCUUAAAAGAAUUCUUUGUAGAAUUGAUCGAAAGGCAGAAGCCUAUGUUUUUGGCACAUCUUAUAAAAAAGCUAGGACAUACGAGGGUUCUUUGUUUUACAAAUUCACGAGAAUCAACGAAACGGCUAGCAGUUCUGAUGUCUUUUUUCGAUAACAUCAAAGCUGGAGCAUUAAAUGCUGGCAUGCCGCUCCAGAAGAGGACAAGGUUGCUACAUUCCUUUGCAAAUGGUGAAAUUCAGCUUCUUAUAUGCACAGAUGCUGUCGCACGGGGUAUAGAUAUUGAAGAUGUUUCCUGUGUGGUGUCGUAUGAAGCGCCACAAUCCACCAAAACCUAUGUUCAUCGGGUCGGUCGUACUGCCAGAGCUGGAAGACCUGGUCAGGCGUAUACCCUUCUCCUUCAUAACCAGAUACGCUACUUCAAGUCCAGUCUCAAAUCUGUUGGCAAACACGCGAGGAAUUUCCCAGUUCAUUCAAGCAACUUAAGGCCUUACACUUCGACUUAUCAGAAGGCAUUGGGCUAUCUCGAAAAGAAAUUCCAGGUGAAGCCUUUGAACCCGCUUUUCCCUGCACGACGCGUGCAAGUGGCUAUCGUAAAAGUCCGUGAAGGCGAACAGAGUAGCAACCCUCAAUGGGAAUUGGAGUCGAUCGUUCCGAAGAAAAUCACAGUGGAAUCAUCUCGCUUUCGUGAAAUUGAUGAAACUCAAGGUAUUUUUCGUAGCCUUUCUGCUCUUGACUACUGCAGUAUCUUCGAAGGCACAUCAGGCAAAAGUAUAGAGCCAACAAGACGUGUAGCAUGUGAUCUCGAACAGAAGGGCCUCCAUCUUAAAUUGCGUUGCUCUCUGACGCCAACAACUCAUGGAGUGUGGGACCAAUGUGCCAUUAGCAUCGAUCUUGCCAAGGGGGUUUAUAUGAAUCCCCAUGAAUUGGCGGACAAAAUGCCCAAUGUGAAGUUUACAAUCUUACGAAAAGCCAGUCGUGAGGCGAGUCGGUUAUCGCAGUUCUUUUUCUCCAGGAAUAAUUUUGAAUCGGAAAAUGAACAGGAGAUUUUCCUAAAUGCUUCACAAGUGGACAUCGAAGUGCCGAGUUGGAGGUCUGAGCCCAUGAAAUGGAAGUUUGCCCUCGAUUCACAACGGCAAACAUGGGGCUCAGAUGCAGCCAUCGAACUUGACAUUCCUUUGCACUUGCGCUACAAUCUCCCUUCGCGCUCGGGCAAACCAUCAGGUGGAAUUGUCUCCAGUGUGAUUUUUAGUUGUAGUGACGGUGCCGUGGCAAGUGAUGGCAAGGAGUACGCCGCCAGCUCACCUCAGGGAUGUUCAUCCGACCUUCUCCUGGUCAUGCCACUCACUCUCAUUUUCCUCCUUAUCGGAAUCCUCGUGUUACUUUGUCAUUAA